UGUCAGAUGUCCGUAACUGCUGGCGCGAUGACAACCGUAAACUCACUGUCGUUGAAUUUUAACUUAUUUUAACAUCUAACGUGACUGUGAAAAAUAUAGUGAAGUUAUAAAUAACAUAAAAAUGAUAUCUGCCAUUUUGUCCAGGCUAGUCAUAUUAGUUUUUGGUACACUUUACCCCGCUUAUUCUUCAUACAAGGCUGUGAGGACGAAGAACGUCAAAGAAUACGUAAAAUGGAUGAUGUACUGGAUAGUUUUCGCGCUAUUUACAUGCGCCGAAACGUUCACGGAUGUCUUUUUGAGUUGGUUCCCGUUCUACUACGAAAUAAAAAUAAUUCUGGUUGUCUGGCUACUGUCUCCCGCUACAAAGGGAUCCAGCAUUUUGUAUAGGAAGUUUGUCCAUCCGACUCUCAGCUCCAGAGAACAGGAAAUCGAUGAGUAUAUCAACAAAGCCAAAGAGCAGAGCUACCGACAAGUACUAGAUAUUGGUUCCAAAGGCGUUUCGGCCAUCAUGCAAACCGCCAUCAAGGGUGGCGGCGGGAUAGUAAACCAGCUACGCAAGAGCUACAGCUUGAGCGAUCUAUCAGACCCGACGCAAGACGAAACCCACGAUGAACCGGAUACCUUAACAGAUCUCCAAAUGACCAGAAGACGUCGCAGUCCACACAGAUCAUCGUCGACUGCAGCUGUGUACUUUUCCGAAGUAGACAUCAGGUCUGAUCGAAUAGGUCCCAUACAAUCUGCCGAAGAUAUUUCUUCGUCAGGGUACUCCAGUGGCGAGGGACUGUCGCUGAAGAUCAGCGCCAGAGAGGGUAUUCACCGAACUGGUUCGUUGACUAGGUCUAGGUCUACUAGAGUUACCAGGUCUACUGUACCUAAGAAGGUUGGCGCUAGUGAUGAAAGCGACGAAAACGAAGAAUACGACACCAAUGUAAUUUUCCAGAAAGAUUCGCCGAAGAAAGUGGACUCAUCAAGUGAGAACGAGUUUUUCGAUACGGUUGACAUUCUGCAUGAAAAUUUCGAUGACGGUCUCAAUAAUUUUAAUAAAAACAGUAAGAAAACCCAGAUAUUAACUGCAUGCGAAGGUACAACAGACAACUGUAAACUAAUUAACGUUCCUUCAGAUAACGCAACUAUCUCAACAAAGGAAAAAAUCCUAAACAUGGAGAAUAAUCCAGAUAUUAUCCAAAUCACCAAAAACGUGACGAGUUUUUCUUCAUUCAUGCAAAAUCUAAUCGAAUCCAAAAAUGAUUCAGAUUCUAGAAGAGCUGAUCUCACAAUUGAUACCUCCAACAAUACCAAAGCAGAAAUUGAAGAACCAACGAAGUUAAGAGGCGGUAAAUAUAACAAAAAACACGCUCCUCCACCCCCGCAACAACAUUCUUCAACUCCUUCGAUCAAAGCAACCCUGGUACUGAAACCUGGUAGAGUUAAAACUGUUGGAUCAACGGAGUCACUUUGUAAGGAAAUUUUUCUGAACGCACCGAAGCCUAAACGGCAAGCUUCCCGUACUUCUUUGUCUUCUAAUUCUUCUAAUUCGACCAGAAGAAAGUCUUCCUUUUCUAAGUUUCUAAGUUUGCCAAAGAAGAUUGGUUUUUGGAAUAAAGACGAUGCGAAUAUCAAUGAGAAACGUUCAUCUUGGCAUAGUUAUUUGCGGCCGUUGUCUGAUUCCAAAAUGCAAUCGAUCAGUGAUAAUAAUUUACUCAGCAAACGUACUGAUAUUGAUCAAACUUUGCAUGCUUCUACCGGUAAAAAUGGUAGUCAGUUGUCUUUGAAAUCUUUGACGGAGUCACCUUUGGCUGCUAGGAGGAUUAAAAUUAUUAGAAGAUACGUGGACGAUGACAUCGAUUGAUGUGGGAAAAAAAGGAAAGUACUACUUUACCCAGGACUAAAAAACCAGUCAAAAAGAAAACGUUAUAAAUUUUGAACAGUACUAUUUUUUUAGGGCAUUAUUUGUGAUUAUGUUAUUGAACACUUCUUAUAAAUAGGUAUAAACCAUGAAGUAUAGCCAACGUCGCUUUGAAAGACGUUGUUUGACAGAUAUCGACCUAUCAAUGUUUUAUGUAAUGACUUCCAAAAUACGUUAUCAAAUUUAAACUUCAUGGCUUUUACAAAUAGCUAAUAUUCGUUUGUUGAAAAUGAUGGCUUUAAUAACGUUCCAUAAGAAUAUAACAGACGUGAGACAUGUUUGUAUUUCAAGAAUAAACAAAUUUUUUUAAGAAUUAAACACACCAAACUGGUUGUAAACGUAGUAAUAAUCUGAAAAAGUCUGUCAAACAAAAAAUCAUACCAACUGUCAGUAAUUAAAAUCACCAAAGAAACUUCUUCAAUUGUAGUUGGCGUGGUUGCCAAUGCUCAAAAUGUAUCCUUGGUAUUUUUUUAUUGAAAAUAUCCACAUAUAAUACAUUCUGACGGCUUAUUAGAGUUUUAAAUUUAAUGUAUAUCUGUAUAAAAGCACCUAUACAAAACAAAGGUAUAGUAAAAAGAGUAAUUUCAGCCAUUAUUUUCACAUUGAAAACUUGUAUUAGUAAGAAUUAAAUUUGACUCUAGGCCUAUAUAUGCUCUAGGCACAUGCAUGGCAGAGGUGUUUUAUUUUAUUUCUACAGUUUUUAUUGCGUAAUGCAUAAACAAGUAUUGUAUCGUUAAAGAAAGUCUGUUCGUUCUUAUCUAUGUUUGAAAAUUACGAAAUUUGAUCCCUCCACAUAAAUACAGGGUGCACCAGUCAAACCUGCAAUUUUGAAACAACUGUAAAAAACACACAGUUGCAUUUUUAAAAAUUUUAUUGAUACCAUGUUAAUUUACGUUAAAAAGCAUUACAUAAACAUUAUUCAUUUAGAAAGAAUAUUAUUAAGAUGUCGUCCAUUUCGAUCGAUGCAUUCUUGGAGGCGUUUUCUAAAAUUGUCCAUUACAUUACGGAGAAUCUGCUGAGGGAUUCUUUCGAUUUCCUGACGGAUUCUCGCCUUCGGUUCUUCAAGAGUACGAGGCCGUUCUCUGAAAACUUUAUUCUUCAGGUAGCCCCACAAAAAAAAUCACAUGCGGUGAGGUCGGGUGAACUGGAGGGCCAAGGAAUGGCUCCGUUCCGGGAUAUCACCCGAUUUGGGAAAAAUUCGUUGAGCAGAUUCAUGCUCACACGGGCCGUGUGGCUUGUGGCUCCAUCUUGUUGAAAUAUGGUUUCAUCAUUCAGUCCAUGUUCACGAAGACGAGGAAUGAAAAAUGUUCGCAACAUUUCUGAGUAGCGCUCCGCAUUCACGGUAACAGCUUGCCCCCUUUCAUUUUCAAAAAAGAAUGGACCUAUGAUUCCCGUUGAACACAUUGCGCAUCAAACUGUUACCUUGGCCGAAUGGAGAGGCUUUUGAUGGAGUUCUUGAGGGUUUUUAUCGCUCCAAUAUCUAAAAUUUUGUUUGUUUACAUAGCCGGAGAGAUGAAAAUGCGCUUCGUCGCUCAUCCAGAGCAACGUGUGAAGGUCCUCGUUUUCCUCAAUCAUUCCCAAAAAUGUUUCACAAAAGUGCCGUCGAGCAGCGAAAUCGUUUUCAUUUAGAGCCUGAACCACUUGAAUUUUGUAGGAGUGAUAGUGUAAGUCUAACUUCAAGACCCUUCGGAGACUACUGUUUGAAAUUCUAAGCCCAAUACUGUGUCGACGCGCUGAUGUCCGAGGACUUCUUGUCAUAGCGACUCUUACGCGUUUAAUAUUCUCAGGAGUUCUUACUGAUCUCGCACUGCCACCUCUUCUGUUUCUCGUUUCACCAAUGUUUUCAAAAUUUUGCGCCCAUAACUUUAUUGAAUUAACAGAAGGCACGGGCGGAUUACGAUUAAUUCGGAAAUGAAGACGAAAGCGGCGUCGAGCGGCUGUAUAACUACUGCUUAGAUAAAAUGCCUUUACAGCAAAAGAAUGUUGUUGCUUGGACCACUGUUCCAUGACUAGUGAAAUGCUUUGAAAGGGGGAACAUAACGGUGACUUUGACAACUCGCCCCGCCCACUUCCUUGGCUCCCGCGCUUGUUUCAAAAUUGCAGGUUUGACUGGCGCACGCUGUAUAUUUUAAACUUUUAUUAAAAUAAUUGGAAUGUGUACUUAUUACCAUUUGUUGUGUAAAAUUCCAAAGACUUAAUAAUCAGCUAUGAAUCUUUUAAAUUUUAAUGUUAAAUGUUAGUAACUACAGAGUGAUGCAGGUAUUUUAUAUAUUUAUAAUUUUUGUUCCAGCUUUAAAACUUAAAGAAUUGUACCUAUCUACUAUCUAGAAAAAAUAAAAUGGAAGGAACUUCAAAAAUGUAUCUAAAGUAGGCCAUGGAAAAAAUCACUCAUGCUAGAGCUGUCAAUUUUCUUUCAUGAAUGACAGUUUGUCACGGUUCACGAUCUACUUUAGAAACAUUUUUUGAAUAACACGUUAUAUAUAAAUUAUUUUAAAUUGUUAUAGACCUGGAAUUUUUAAAAUCGCUCUGUAGUAUUUCUUCCAAAUGACAAAAUCGUUAAGAUUAGUGACUAUCUUUUAAUGAAGUGUUAAGAAUUUGUUAAAACUAUUGUGAACUGUUAGGGUUAGUUUUAUUGACAGUUUGUGAACGAGAAUGAUUUUAAAUGAUAAGUUUUUAUAUUUAUUGAUAUUUUUGACUUUUUAUUGUAUUCUAAGUAUAAGCAGAUGAUGUAUCAUUGAGUGAUAUUAGUUCCAUAUCCUAUUUAAGUAAUUUAAUUUUGUAUAUUAUUCAGCUGUACGGUCUUUAAUAGACUUUAAGUGAUAUAUUUAUAAAGAAAAAAUUCUUCAUUACAACUUUUUAUAUAAAAGUAUAAUUUUAUUAUAUUCUUAAAAAUAAAAAUCUUUUUUCUGGCAGAUAACUCUGAAAAAAUAGAGAUUGAUGCUUCAAAAUCAUAUUAGGUACAUUAAAUCAUAUUUUAAUGCCAUCGUAAGAGUACGAAAAUCAUUUUGGCUGUCACUGUCAGUCUAACACAUUGUUAGUUUCAAGUUGGUAAUUAUUUACAAUUGGUAACACUGAAAAAUAAUAAUAAAAGAAAAUUCUUAUUUGCCAAUGUCAGUUCAAUAACAAUAAGUUGGCAUUCCAAACCAAUAAACUGGCUUGAAAUGCGACUCUAUGGGCGCAGACAGGUUAUUUUUCAUCUCACUCCGGAGUAUGUAUAAUAAUCAUUUUCUAUUUCACAUUGUUAUUGUCUGAUUCUCCAUCUUGUGGACUGGAUAAUAACAACGUGAAACAGAAAAUGGUUAUUAUAAAUACUUCCAAGUGAGAUGAGCAAUAAAAAUGGCUGUGCCUAUAGGUCGCACCUAGUUCUAUUAAUGCAACAUGUACAUUGGCAUUCUACCACCCUCCAGUUCAUUGGUCCAAACAAAAUGGUUGCCCGUAGGUAAUGACAGGCUACUGAUAGGAAUGGUAUGGCAACACCGUGAUUUGACAAGGUCAAUGAUAUAGAUAGUUAUAUAGAUUGAUCAUCCAUGUUUUUAAAAUGGUAGGUAAUUAGUUUUUUAAUAUAUUCAAAGUUUGAAAAUUGGUUUUAAAAUACAUUUUUGCUAAACCUAUUCAAAUUAAUGAGCACUUGCCAGGCAAUAUUGCUGCUUGCAAACGACCCGCUUUGAGCAAUCUAUAUAACUAUAUCUAUGUGUAGCAUUGACUCUGUCAAUGACAACAGGUGCACAGGGCUGCCAUAUCUAAACUGUCAUCAGGACAGGGAUUCGUAUGUGCGUACUCAACACGUAACGAAUCAAAUAGAGAGAGGCAUUACAUACAAAUCGCUUUCUGUCAAACGAAGAUAGAAGCUUCUCAACACGUGCAGAAUUGCAAGAUGAGAAUCCCACUACAGUUCCCACUUGUCAGCAUAUUGACAAGUCGUUGAAAUGCCUAAUUGGCAACACUGACAGUUUACAGUUGACAGUUAUGAAAGAUAUAUUUGUAAAUAGUUGGCUCAUGACAUAAAUCAAUUUUAAAGUUGUUUUUCAUGAUAAAGUGACUUCAAUGUUUGUUAUUAUUUGAAAUGUUCACGGCAGCUGAUCAUUUGUAUAUGCAAGAAAAGUUUGAAUGAAGGAUUUUUUAAAACAUUUACUUUUAACAAAAUGCAUGUUACCUAUCAAUAAACGUAAAUUAUUAACGCUGGUGCUCAAACUAUGUUCCGUUAUUGGAUAAACCAUUACUUUUUAGCAUUACUAACGUUAUUUACAACAAAUUAUAGGUUAUGUUUACCGAAAUUUACUCGAGAGACUUUACAUACGGUAUUUCAGGAAGUUCGAUAUGGGUCGGAUCCGGAGAUGGUAGUGGCCGUGGUAAAAUAUUAAUUUGACCAUGAUCAAAGCGGUUCUAGACUUGGUCUCAGGUGACAUUGAAGCCAAUUGGUUUAUUGUAUUUUACCCAUUGUUGGUCCAUAGUAGUGGUAAUUCUGUAAUUCAAUAUCUUUAUUUUUAAAGCGUGUAAAAUUUUACUUUUUUAACAUAAAUUGUAAUUUUGUAAAAAUAAAAUUAAAAAAAAAAAAAAAGAAAUAUACGUUAAAAGUAGUUCAAAAUAUGAUUAAGUUUUAAGGUCGGUCAAAUAAGUGUCAUUCUUUUUUCUUAUGUUUUCGAACAAGAAUAUUGAAAAAAGUAGCGACCGAAUGUAAUUUUCAAUAGAAACAAAAAUAAAGCCAGUAAUCUUAAUAGUGCCCUUCUACGACAAAUCAAUCACUAAAUUCAAAAAGUUUAUAUACACUAUAAAUAAAAUAUAUUUUCUAAAUAGAAUUUGUGUAAUUUCAAUUAUUAAAAUUACUUGAGAACUUUCAGAAUGGUUCAUUUUAAUGAUUUUCUUGCAUUAUAAGUUGAAUUAAACAAUCAAAAGUAAUAAUUUCUUAUAUGUUAAGUUUUAAAGCCUACUAGUUAGUACCUGUUAAUAUCAUUGAUUUAAUGCAUACAAUUAACACAUUUAUAAUGAAUUUUUAAUAUAUUGCUGCUCUUAGAAUAGAUUUUUGCAGCACAAAUGAACUAUUGUGUUAAUUAUGACAAGUUAAAAUUGUUCAUGAAUUUACAGAUUUGCUUUUCAAUUUUAACAUUACGUUAUAUUUUUAAGGUGCGUUAAAUUUUAACAUAAUCCUUAUAGAAUUACCACUAGUAUCUACUCUGUUACCUACAAGUUGUCCAAAGACAAGAACUCUUUGUCUGUUUCUGGUUCCUUGUGACAUAGUGGACACAAAAUAUGGUUUCCAUUUUAAACACUUUUUUAAGCAACAUUUUACUAGGAAAUUAUCGAUGUUUAAGUUGGUAUCACUGGGUAUAUGACACAGUUACAAUCCUGCUACACCAACUGGUGGCGCGCGCAUACCAUCCUUACAUUUUGUCUUGCAGUUGUACCGGGGAUUUAAAAUGUUGCAUGUUCCUGUUCGAAAUAAACCUCUAAAUACAUUAUAGUUAUCGAUAAUUUUUAACAUGGUUUUUCUAUGAAGGUUUUCCCAAGUGCUUGUUUUGGGGGAUAGUUUUCCCAUAAUUGUUGUUUUUUUUCCCAAUUCUGUAUUCUAGUAAACCUGUACUGUACUUUUUGGUGCUCCUAGAUUUGUGGUAUUGUUGAGUUUUAGUAUUUUGUAAUUUUUAAGUCCCUUAUUUCAUAUAGUCUAUACAUAUAUUCGUUUGUUUGUUUGAAGUUUACAAAAAUAUACUGACAGGAUUAUGAAAAUUAAAAAAGCUGUAAUUUCAUAUUAUAAUAGUUUUGCCGAAUCCCUAUAGGUUAUGGGCCCAGGUGCAGUAAAUUGAAUAAAGUUGGACAUUACCUAGAAUACACGGUUGAGUUAAAAGUAAUGGAACUGACGAAGGUACAAAUUGAAUUACUAGAGGGUAAAACAAACUGGUCAACGUGGAAGUAUAAGGUCAGCGUGCUACUUAAAGGUAUUGUUGACGCAAUGGAGGUCGUAGAAGGAACUUUAAUAGCACUAAUCAAAUUAGAAGAAGCUGCGUAAGAGGAAGAAGUAUCCAAAUUCAACAGAUUGCUAAAUGAAUAUAGAAAAAUAGAAAAUAGUGCUAUGAUUAUAUAGAGAAAGUAAAAGUUGGAAAGGCUUUUGGUAGGUAGAGAGGGGGUAAACGUCAAACCACGUCGGACGGCUUCGAGAAUUUCGCAGUAAUGUUUACCUGCCAGUGAGUGUCGUUCAUAGAAUAAGUAAUUUUAAAUUUAAAAUCACCGUCAAGUCUGGAACCUAUUUUCUAGGUAUAGAAAUAGAACAAAGAAUUAAUGCAAUAAAAAUUCAUCACCAAGCCUAUACUAUAAGAAUACUAGAACGUUUUAAAAUGGAACUUUGUCGACCUAUAGGUACGCCCAUUGUAAAAGAAAGUUGAAGAUGAAGAAAUUAAUUUUCCUUAUAGACAAGUAGAGGCGGCUCACUUAUGCUGUUGGAGUAGCUUCCAAAAAUCUAAAAAAAUCCUACUAAAACAGAUGUGAUUAGAAUAACGAGACUAUUACUACAAGGUAGUAAACAUUUUGAUAUAAUAUAUAAAUCGAAUUAUGAGUGUGGCAUCCUUGAAGGUUACAGUGACGCAGAUCAUAGCGGAGAUAAUCUGUCUGGACGAUCUACUUCUGAUGUUCUUUGUUUGUUUGCAGGAGAACCCGUAACAUGGCUAAAUCAAAGACAAACGUCUGUUGCUAUUUCAACAACCAAAGCGGAAGUCGUUGCAGCCAGUAAAGCUGCACGCGAAAUAUUUUGGUUUAAAUGCCUUUUCCACGAGUUGGAAAAUUUGACUAGCCUUGCAGAACUACAAGUUGAUAACGAAGCCGCUAUUGGAAUAUCAAAAAAUCCUGAAUAUCAUCGACGUACAAAACAUAUAAGGAUAAGCCAUUUCUUUAUACGCGAGCUUGUAGUAGAAGAAGAAAUCUUCCAAAACCAAGAUUACAACGGUUGAUGAUGAAAAUGGGACUAGAUGUUUGAACAUUUUAAAUGAGGGAAAGUGUUGAGUUUUAGCAUUUUAUAAUUUUUAGGUCCCUUAUUUAAUAUAGUCUAUAUAUUCGUUUGUUUGUUUGUUUGUUUGUUUGUUUGUUUGUUUGUUUGUUUGUUUGUUUGUUUGUUUGUUUGUUUGUUUGUUUGUUUGUUUGUUUGUUUGUUUGUUUGUUUGUUUGAAGUUUACAAAAAUAUACUGACAGGAUUUUGAAAAGUAAAAAAGUUGUAAUUUCAUUUUAUAAUAAAGAGUUUUGCCGAAUCCCUACAAACUUUAUUUAACAAGAGUUUAGACUUCCAUCUGCUAUAGGUAUUUCUUCUAAUACUCGAGCUAUUAGCAAGUUCGUCAGAUUUCUCAUUGUCCUUGAUUCACCAAUUACUAGGCAGUGUUUUUCAUUUUUCCAGAUUUCUUGAACGUAAGAACACGAUAAACAUAAUUGUAUCUAUGAUCAGUUUGUGGAAUCAAUGUUGUAUUUCGUCUAAAAAUUUAAUAUUGCUGGUGCUAAUGAAAGUGAUGGAUAUCCAGUAAGCUCACUGCAUGCCAAAGACUGUAAAUAUUUCAUUAACAGUCGGUAGUUAAUAAAGAUUAGAUAAAUCCUUUAAUAUUAUUUUGAUAUUAUUCUUGCUGUAUUUUUUUGUAAGUAGAUCAAAUUUAAAAUAAAUGGAUCGAAUUAUUUGCCUGGCCAAAUCUUUCUAGAUAGUAAAUUGUUUAGAAUAAUAAAAUAAAGAAUAUGAC